AUGGCUACUCUUCCUCCUCCUUCUCCUACCACCGCGCAGCUUGUGACUGCAAUUCAUGGCAAUGAUCUCUCCACCUUUUAUUCACUACUUGAUACAAUUCCACCGUUAAAUGUAAAUUACCCAUCACUGGAAGGUCAUGUACCAUUAAUUGAAACAUGUCGCUAUGGACGAUUUGAAAUGGCUACAUUUCUACUAGUUCACGUUAAUGCUGAUGUCAAUGUCAUGACUCCAAAGACUCAUGAUAAUUCGAGUGGUCUUACUCCAAUCAUAGCUGCUUGUAUGGCACUUGACUUGAAAAUAGUGAAUUUGUUACUGGUUUCGUCUCAAAGUCCGGUGAAUUUGUUGCAAACCUAUGGAAAUAUGAAUGCAGCUACAUUGUGUCUACUUUUUUGUGUUGCUAAUGGAUACACAGAUGAACAAAAUGAUAUGGCAGUGCAGAUUUUGCAGCAAUUAGUACUUUAUGCCAAGAAACAUGGACAACUGGAAACUCUUUUGACUGCAAAAGCUGAUCAAGUAAAUACAGUGUUGCAUGUGGCUGCUGGAUUGAGCAAUUGGAAAGCAUUGCAUCUGUUGAGAGAUGAAGGAACUGUGGAUUUUAACGCUCGGAAUGCCAAUGGACACUCGGUUUUUCGUGUGCUAGAAAUGAACGCGUUUCAGGCGAGAUCGUUUCGAUUCUGUGAGCUACCACGACCGGAAGGUGAUAUUGGUCGUGAAAGAAGAAAAAACAGGGGACGAAGACAUCAACGACAGAGGCGCCAGAAAAAAGAAAAAGUGGAAGAAAAACAAGAGGCUUUGCAGAGUGAACCGAGUCAAGCUGAUAAACAACUAUUGACUCGAUCACGUCCGGAUCGAGCUGUCGAAGUGUUCCAUGUGACGCAAACGGUGAUAGAACUGGCCAGGAAGUUAGGAGUUGGCGCCAUCUUUUCGCGUAAGCAAGAUGAAAGCAUUCGAGGACUCUAUAUAAAGGCUCUCGUGCUGGCGGAACUGGGCAUCGUUUCGAUAGUGAAUGAGAUCGCUCGGAUGUCCGAUUCGCAAGAAGAGAGAACCGUGUAUAUGGAUGGUUUGAUGCACACCGUAGCUUUAGUUUACCCUCUUUCCGUGAAAAAUGCAAAGAAGUACCAGUCAUUGUGGCAUCAAGCUCUCGACAAGAAAAACGCUGAGGAUCUUCAUUUAAAUGCACCAAAUCAAAGUGAUGAGGAAGAAAAAACGCAUGAAGCGGAGAACGACAAGCAUCCGAUCAAAUUAUCGCACGAUGCUUUCAAGUUAAUCGUGAGCAGGAUGCUCUCUAACAGCAGUCUUUCCAGACGCAUCAAGGUAUGGACCCUUAUCCUAAUGCAUCUGCUUGCUCCAUUCGCCAGUGGGUCCCCUCUUGCUGCAAAUGAAAGUCCCGCUAUGGAGGAAUGCGGUCAGAUUCAGUUCUUUGAGCGUAUCACUAAAAUGAUCUAUACUUCAGGCACAAAACUUGCAUUCUGUAUCUUCGAUCGUACAAACAUCGAAGAUGAGGAGAGUUACGAUGAAGAAAUCGAGUUUUAUCUUUUAAUUUCGCUCUUUGAACUCUUUCUCCAAUUUUUUGCGCCGUACGCUCGGUCGAUUAACGAUGGAGAGAAAGCAACUACUAUGGGUAUUGCUGAUAGUUUUCAGCGAGCAAUUAAGCCAGUCAAACAGCUUUGGGAUUUGGUGAAUGCUGCAUUGGGGAGUCUGGAUGGCGUGAUCGCUACACCACAGCGUUUCUCGCUUCUACUUCAUAUUUUGCAAGUUGUCGAGCAACUGGAAGCGGCUUUUCUUUCUGAUGAAAACGCGGCGCUAAGAAAGCUGUUUGAGAUCGUGAGUCGAUUCGUCAAGCAAGAAGCAAUAAAGAAACGUGCCAAGACGCCUGCUGCAGACCAAACGCGUCUUAUGCGUACAAUUGCUACUUCAUUUUCGAUACCAACCACCUUCGCCGCUAAAGUAAUGCCUCUAAAGAAUAGCGUGGAUGCGCUGAUCCGUUCAGAUCCCAAGGUGCUUGGCAUGGAUUUGUACUCGCUUACGUCAAUCCCGAACCUCAUCCGUCUUGAGCACAAAGUGGAUUACUUGGCUAUACUGGCUGAGGAGCGCAAUGGAUCAGUGCCGGUAUCUAUUAGUCGUGCGUCCGAAGCAAAUUACGUCGACUUCAUCGUGCUACAAAUUCUCAGUGCCUCAUUGAACAGUUUGAAAGGGGAAAUGGCUAUCACGCUAGUGAACGAACCAGGAAUUGGUGUUGGUGUGACGCGUGAAUUUUUCCAGAUUGUUCAAAACUGCUUUUUUCGUCCUGAGUCGACUGGAAAUUCGCAAGUGCGAUCAUUAUCUGCCCAAACAGUACCUCAUGUUGUUGACAUUAGCUCAAAGCGGCUCCAUCGGGACCCACAAGACAAGAAUCCGAGUAAGAAACGCAACGACAGUCUUUUUAGACAGGAACAGAAUGGUGAAUUUGCUGAGCUGUUUCCAUUGUUUGAUUAUAUCAGCAAAGAGAGACAGGGUGCACUUUGCAUUGCACCGCGAACGGCAUAUAUCAGCAAGCAAGUUUUUGACACAAAACACAGUGAGAAGAACCUGAGUCUCACUCAAAACGAUGUACUCGUGGAUCGAAGUGAAGUAGAUGCGCUUCAAAGGGUGUACCUUUGCACCGGCCGCUUGAUGGGCCUGGCAAUUCGCAAUCAUCAGGCACUUGAUGCAGACUUCCCCUUGGUCUUUUGGAAAUUCAUGCUACGAGACGAUUCUUUGACUUGGGAAAGCUACUGUGAAAACAGUGACGUACUCAAGCGCAGCCUUCAGUUCGUUCUGGAUCAUGACUUUGACGCAGAGCCUUUGGAUAUGCGGUUUGAAUACACAAUCGACGUUGUGGUGGUCGACGAUAAAGCACACGCGUGCUCAAAAGGGUCUAAGCAGAUGAAGCAGGGGACCGACGGAGCUGCACCACCAUCAUCCAACUUUCCUAUCACAACGAGUAUGGAAAUGGAGCUUCAAGAGGGAAUGGGCAACGUGGAAGUAACAAACGCCAACAAGUUACAGUACGUUAUGCUGCGUGCUCAGCAGUUUUUCUUCGGUAACGAAUUAGUGUACUACAAAAAGGUGCGAGACGGCUUCAAUGACACAAUCAUCCGGUCUGAUCUCAAGCUUUUCCGCCCACAGGAACUACGGCACUUAGUGCGUGGCGAACGCUUGAUUGAUUUUGAAAGUCUGAAGAAAAAUGUGGCAUAUUCACGGGGAGCAUCCCCGACAUGCGGUGUUGUGCAACGUUUUUGGGAAGUCGUCGAGAGUUUUGAUGAAGAAACUCGCGCAAAGCUUCUAACGUUCUGGUCCGGUUCACCAUUGCCUCCAAUUUUCGGUUUCGACUCAAAAUAUCGCUCCAUGAGUGCGGACACUGCGAGUUGGUACAUUGACGUAGACACUCAAGCGCAACCUAACUUUUGUCCUACGGCUAACACUUGCGACCGUCGUUUAAUCCUCCCGGAUUAUCCAACCAGUGCUGCUCUCAAGGAGAAGCUUCUCGUAGCGCUUGAACACGGUAGUGUCGGCUAUGACCGCAUGUAA